AUGGCAGACUACGUUCGCAUACUAUAUCGUCGCAUUUUGUGUGAAGGGUCUACCUUUUUCGAUGAUCGUACUAGAACAUUUAUUUUUAACCGCACGCGCAACGCUUUUCGCGAUUACAAGAACUGCACCGACGAAGCACGAAUCAAGAACAAGUUACGCGAGGCUCGAAAGUUUUUACAUCGUGUAGAACGUGCUAAUCAGGGGCAUACCAAAAGCUGCUUGAAGCUGUUACAAGCCGCGUACGGACAACGCGGUAAAACACGACAUCGAUUACUACAGCCUUAUACCUUGCUUCCAGGCGACUAUCAACAUCCAGAGCCAUUGAUCCCACAUGUAUCAAGAACAGCACCUCCACCACCAUUAUGUGGGCCGCUGAAGGCAUUGGUCGCUUCUGUUGUUAAAAAAAAUCUCGACCCGAAACUCCCUGAGCCCGAAUACAAGCCAUUGCAUCCAACACGGCAAGCAAAUCUGCUAUGGCGUUGGAGAACGAACUUAUUAGAACGCGUACCACCUCCGCCUCCCUUUGAAAUCAUAUGUGAACUAGAACGACGCGCUGGCGCGCCCGAAUCCCAUCCAAGGCAUGUUGCCAACUUGCGUAUCGGUGGACCCUCAUGGGACGAUUUAUAUAGCGGACAAGAAGGCCAUCCAGACUUGAUGCAUCUUUGUCCGUCAGCAAACUUAGUACCCAGAUCAAAGGUGCCUCGUACCCGUCAGUCAUUGCCCUCUUCACCUUCUGCAGCCGAGCCAUCGUCUUACUCGACUUUAUCCAUGAUUCAAUAUGUCAAUCCUGAUUUUGAGCCCUUACAGGACCAGACUGAUUAUCGAGAAAAAAAGCUGAGAAAAGCACGACGGAUGUAUCGACGAAUCCUUAGCAAAAUGCCAUUCUUGUCGCCGAUGCCCACUGCCAGUGCUUUGUGGGACCCAAAGAUUAAGUAUAAAGUUUCUUACUCAUGCUGGAUCCCACAAUCGGUGGUUCGCAUGGAAAAGGUGUCAGAUAGCGCUGUAAAGGAUACCAAGUAG